AUGAUGGAAUCAAACUCAGUUUCGAGUAAUCAAAAGUUAAGCAGUGUUGAACAGGUGUUGGAGAAGUACAUCCCAGAGGAUGAACUCAAAGAGGUCAAGCGUGUCCUCUAUGGUCUCAACAGAGGUCAAUUGGUCAACACUCUUCCAAUUCCACAAGAUGUCACCAAGUUAGCCAACGCCUCAUCUUUUGAAGUUGUUUCCUCAAAGGUCACAGCUGAACCUGAACAAACAAGGAAACCAAGGAUUGUUAAGCUUGGUAUCAUUCAGAAUGCAAUUGGUGCACCAACAACAGAUCCGGUACAUGAUCAGUAUAUGGCCAUUCAGAAUAAGAUUGAGAAGAUGAUUGAUGCCGCUGGAGCAAUGGGAGUUAAUGUACUGUGUCUUCAAGAGACAUGGCAUAUGCCCUUUGCCUUUUGUACUCGUGAGCGUUAUCCAUGGGUAGAGUUUGCUCAGCCGGUCGAUGGCGAAGCCACCCGUUUCAUCCAGCGCAUGGCCAAAAAGUACAACAUGGUCAUUGUGUCACCAAUGUUGGAGCGCGACCUAGUGCACAGCGGCACUAUCCACAACACUGCCGUUAUCGUUGGCAACAACGGAAACAUCAUUGGCAAGUCGCGCAAGAACCAUAUCCCUCGCACUGGCGACUUUAACGAAUCCACCUACUACAUGGAGUCGCAGCUCGGCCACCCAGUGUUUGAGACCGUCUUUGGAAAGAUCGGUAUCAACAUCUGUUAUGGACGCCAUCACAACUUGAAUUGGCUGGCCUAUGGCCUCAAUGGCGCCGAGAUCGUGUUCAACCCUUCGGCAACUGUUGGCGAGCUCAGCGAGCCAAUGUGGGGCGUCGAGGCCAGGAAUGCAGCCAUGACCAACAACUACUUUGUCGGCUCGAUCAAUCGCGUCGGCACUGAGAUCUUCCCCAAUGAGUUCACCAGCGGCAAUGGCAAGCCCGCCCACAAGGACUUUGGCCACUUCUAUGGCAGCUCCUACUUUAGCUCUCCAGACAACUGUCGCACACCAGGACUCAGUCGCGUCAGCGAUGGACUGAACGUAUGCGAGGUUGAUCUCAACCUAUGCCAACAAGUCAAGGAUAAAUGGAACUUCCAGAUGACUGGAAGAUAUGAGAUGUAUGCUGACUUCUUGACCAACUACAUCAAGCCAGACUAUGUUCCACAGAUUGUAAAGGAUCCAUCAAUGAAG